AUGAAGCAUAAUCGAAAAUUUUCAUGUUCCAAUCAUCAAGCUAAUAAAUCAUCAAAAAAUAAUUCUUCACCAAAAGAUAAGGAUUCACAAGAAUUAUUCGAACAACAAUAUAUUCGUCAAUCAUUAAAAUCAAAUAAUGUAGAGGAUUUUUGGCAUGAAAUUGAAGUUUAUACGCAUGAGCCAGAAUUUUUUUCGUUUAGUGGACCAAAUUCGAGAUUGACUAUCAAAGAUGCAAACUUUAUACGUAAAUUAAUAUCAGCGGCUAUAACGAUGAAACGUGGAGGUGAUUUAGUGCCCAGUUUAAUAGCAAAAAGAUGUUGUGAACUAUAUGAAACUCUUGUUAACGAAGAUAAGAUUAAAUUCAUGUAUAUACUUGCUCGUGAUUUUGGUGUGAAGAGAGAUGAAGCUCUUAAAGCGGCAAAUAAUUAUACUAAUUUAUCAAAUGAAGAUGCGGCAUAUUUGAAGGAAAAUAAUCAUGAAGCAUGUUUGAUGGCGUUAAAUGAAUCUUUGAAAGAAAAACUGUCAUCAUUAUUAGUUGGAUUUUUGGAUUUAAGGAGAAUAACGUGGUAUUCAUCUGCUGCUAUCCUAGAGAAGGUCAUAGAAUAUGAGGCAGUGCACGCUAUAAAGGAUUGGGAUGACAUGAAGAGACGUGUCGGACCUGGAAGACGCCUCUUUGCGUUCUUUUAUCAAAAUAUGAGACAUGAGCCACUUGUAUUUAUUCAAGUAGCCCUAACAAAAGAGGUUUCGGACAACGUGCAGGCAAUAUUGGAAGAUCCCAACCCAACAAAGUCAAUACCAACGAUCGAAGAUAUACACUGUGCGAUAUUUUAUUCAAUAACAAGUCAACCAGGAUUAUCAGGCAUUGAGCUUGGUAAUUUUUUAAUUAAAAGAGUAGUAAGAGAGUUGCAAACCGAAUUUCCAAGCAUAAAAACUUUUUCAACAUUAAGUCCUAUCCCAGGAUUUCAAAAAUGGUUAAAUGCUGUCAUAAAUGUCGAAGGUGAUAGUAUAUUAGUUGAUGGUGAAGCUGAAAAAAUCAAAAAUUUAAGGAGACAUUUAGAAGGUAGUGGAACUGAAAUCUUAAAAGUCAUAUUAAAAUCCAAAGAUUGGAUUAGAGACGAGGUGUGUUUUCAUACAUUAAAACCUAUCUUGAUGAGAUUAUGUGCAAGAUAUAUCCUAACAGAGAAGCGAAGAAAUUUGGCGUUGGAUCCCGUUGCUAAUUUUCAUAUCAGAAAUGGUGCAUGUGUUCAUAGAUUAAAUUGGUUAGGUGAUAUAUCAAAUAAAGGUUUAGAGGAGUCAUUUGGAAUAAUGGCAAAUUAUAAUUAUAUAUUAGAUCAUAUUGAAAGGAAUAAUCAACAAUAUAUGUGUGAUGGAAAAAUUUCAGUAUCAAAUGUUGACCCUUUAUUAGUUGAAGUAGCAAAUAAUUCUCCAAAUAUAGUAAUAAUUUAA